AUGGCUGCGCUUCGAAAUCUCUUGGUGCUUCUGAGUACGUUUCUAGUCGCCGUGCACCUGCCCGCGGCCGUGACGGCGGAUGUCGCGAACCCCAUUUUCGCCUCAAUCUUUGGGCAUGACCUAGACUCCCGCGAGACGCUGGCGGUAGACGUGCGCAAGAACGUGAAUGUGAGAGCGAUCCGUUAUAAGAUGCGCACCCUCAUGGAGGUAAACAAGGAGUCGUCGCAUGCGGGGGCUGUUCGCGAUAUGGCGGCGGACGCCACGGUCUACGCGCUACAGGGGGGAGGCGCGGAUGCUGAUGUGGCAACGGAGAAGACGAGGAGGAUGCUGAAGAGGGAGAAGGGCGAGAACGAGAGGAAGGAUGAGGGGCAUGAUUGGAAGGAUGAGGGGAAUAAGAGGAAGGAGGAGGAAAAUAAGAGGAAGGAUGAGGAGAAUAAGAGGAGGGAUGAUGAGAAUAAGAGAAAGGAUGGGGAGAAUAAGAGGAAAGACGAGGAGAACAAGAGGAAGGAUGAGGAUAAUAAGAAGAAGGAUGAGAAGAACAGGAGGAAGGCUAAGGAGAAUAAGAGGAAGGACGAGGAGAAUAACAUCGCGAAAAUGGAAAGUCCGAAAAGCAAAUCGAAAUAG